AUGAGCCACCAGCACCCGUACGGCUCGUCGCCGUACAGGCCGUUCUCUCCGGCCAAGCACCUCGCCCCCUCCUCGUCCCCCUCGUCGUCCCACCCCUCGGGCUCGGCCCCUUCCACUGGGUCCGCCCUCUCGCCCGCCCACUCGUCCCAGCCAGCGCCGACCGCAUCCACCUCGACCGCGUCCUCCUCCUCCUCGUCGUCGAGCCAGAUGGCCCCGCCCAGCAUCUGGCGCACCUCGGCCUUCUCGCCCCAGCAGAGCAACACCCUCGGCCAGACGAGGAUGCGCGCCCGCUCCAUCGGCAAGGGCUCGCACCUCCCUCCGCCCGUCCACCCUCACCUGUCACCCACCAUCCCGGGCAGCCCGGCCGGCGGCAGCCCCGGCUUCGAGCCGAGCCCGCGCGCCCGAGGACCGCAGCAGCUCGGUCGCGACGACGGCGCAGGACCAGGAGGGUACGGCCCGUCGCCGCUCGCCCGACAGCGCUCCGAGCACGGCGGCCGCGUCGCGUUCAGCGGGCGCGACUUUUACGACGUCGACGACGCGCCCACCUCGGCCGAGGGCACCGAGGAGUCGGGCUCGACCCGCUCCGACAGCCCGCCGCCACGCACGCCCCGCGACGGCCACGCCGGCGUCGGCGCCGCAGCAGCAGACGCCCCGCAGUACUGGGUCGAGUCGCCGAGCCGCCGCAACAGCGACGUCGACCACCACGAGCGCGAGGCGUGGCGCACCGGCGGCGAGCCCGACGACGAGGCGCUCGCGCUCGCAAAGGCGCAGCACGACGCGAGCCGCCGCAACCGCAGCCAGAGCCUCGAGGGCGUCACGCGCAUGAGCCUGCGCCGCGGCCGCAGCUUUACGAGCCUCGUCUCGCCCGCGACCGAGCGCAAGGACCCGCUCGCGGCCGCCGUCGCCAUGCCCCCGCCCAUCUUUGAGCAAUACGAGCCGCCGCCGACGCCCCACGUCCCGUCGUCGUCGUCGGUGUCGGCGUACGACUCGGCGGCAGCAGCAGCAGCUGUCGCGGCGGGCGACCGGUCGUCGACGUCGCUGUACCCGCCUGCGACGGGCGGCGUCCCCCUCGCGAGCGACCUCGUCCCGACCUCGUCGCCCAAAUCCCUGCGCGACUUUGUCCCGCAGCUCGUCAUCCUCCUGUCGCUCUUCGUGUCGUCGUUCGCCGUCAUCGCCUUCACCAUCUCGACCCUGCCCGGCCUCUUCCUCCCGCACUCGGUCGCCGACCUGCCCGCCCUCACGGCGACCCUGACGACGUACCGCGCGUCGUCGUACACGGCCGAGCUGCACCUGUUUGCCGUCUUGACGCUCCUGUUCCUGUGGAAGCAGUGCUUCUCGAUCCCGGGCAGCGUCUUGACCAACAUCCUGUUCGGCGCCCUGUACGGCACCUCGCUCGGCACGUGGUGGGCCUGCCUGUGGACCGCGCUCGGCAGCACGGGCGCGUACGCCAUCGCGCUCGUCAUCGCUCCUCUCGUCGAGUACUACUUCGCCAAGCCCCUCGACAUGACGCGCCGGGCGCUCAAGCUCCCCGCACCAGGCGCCGCACCGGUCCCUGUCGGCGUCGCUCAGGCCGCCGUCGCGCCCUUGUCGAGCUCCGACCUGUUCUCGCACCUCCUCCUCGCGAGGUUCUUCCCUCUCCUGCCCUACAGCGUCCUCAACGUCAUCUCGGGCGUGCUGCGCCUUCCCCUCACGCCCUUCUUUGUCACGCUCCUCCUCGGCUCGUUCCCGUUCAACUUUGCGACCGUGUCGAUCGGCAACCUGGUCGCGCUCGCGGCGGCCGACCCGUCGGUCCCGCUCGGCGACAAGAUCUGGUCGCGCGAGGUCGUCGUCAAGCUCGUCGCCGUCACGCUCGUCAGCGUCCUUCCGCUCGCGUUCAAGGAGCAGCUCAAGCGCGUCCUGUCGAGCGGCGGCGCGCUCGAACGCGCAAAGGACGCCGUCGCGCGCGCCCUGUUUGGGUUCGGCGCCGUGCCGCACGUCGCGCAGCCGACGCCCCACGCACCGUCGGCGUCGGCGUCGUCGGCCGGCAGUGGGCCGCGCGCGUGGCGCCGCAAGCUCGGGCGGAGCAUUGGCGGCGCGGGCGACCUGCUCAUGAGCGGGUGGGGCCGCGUGAGCCAUCCUGGAGGAGGCGGCGGCGAGGGCUCGAGCGCGGCGCAGGGCUGGGGCGGGUACCGCCGCGUGCCGCUCGAGGGCACGACGGGCGUGCUCGACGAGGCCGAGAUGGGCGCCCAACGCAGGAGGGAGCAGGCCCGACCACACCAAGACCUCGACCGCUCCACCGCCAGCGACGACUGGGCCCAGCUCGGGUCGCCCUCGGCCGACGACGACGAGCACCCCAUCCUCCUGUUCAACCCGCCCCCGCCAGCCAUCGACAGCUCGCAGUGGAGCGUGCUCGACCCGCCGUCAAGGCUCCGUCCUGCCCGGUCCACCUCGUUCACGUCGUCGGCCGCGUCGACCGAGGCGAGUGGCGACGGCGCGCCCGACUCGUCUUCGCUCGACUCGCCAUUCCCGCUCGCACAGGCGUCCCUCUUGCCCGCCCACGACGGCAGCGGCGUCUUUGGCGGCACCACCUCGACCCGCCGACCCCUCGACGCCGGCUCGCUCCUCCAGUCCGACAUCCUCCUCCCCUCCGUCUACGCCGACGUCGACGAGUCGGACGCCGCCUCGUCGUCCUUCUCGCGCGUGCCGCCCUCGCUCCUCCGCCGCGACUCGCACGCCUCGAGCACCUUCUCGUCGUUCGCCGGGUCCGACAUGUCGUCGCGCGCGUCGAGCGGCUGGGCCCUCACCGAGGAGGCCCUCUCGACGCUCCCCACGGCGGCGGCCGGCGUGCGGGGCGCGAGGGCAGGGCGAGGACGCGGUCGAGGCGCUCGUGACGCCGAGCUCGCCGACGACGAGGACGGCGCGAGUGCGGGCGUGACGUCGGGAUCGGAGGAGGACGAAGGACGGGCGCCGGACCCGGCAGCACAGCGGCGCCCGGCGACGACGACGACGGCGGCCGCGAGGCAGGCCGCUGUCGCGCGAGCUGCGGCGGCGCAGCAGCAGGACGACGACGACUGGGCGCACUCGCACCUCGCCAUGAGCGCCGGCAUCCACCCUCCCUCGUCUCGUCGUCGCCGCCCGCCGCCGCCCAGCACCCACUCUGCCCUCGGCCGCUCGCCCCUCGUCGGCAUCGGCGUCGCCCAGAUCUCGCCCGACAUCGUCUCGAGCGCGCUGCGCUCCCUGUCGCCCGUCAGCAGCAGCGCCCGAUCGCGCAACUCGUCGGGCUACAAGCGGCGCCACCGCCGUCCGGGCGCCGGCGCGCGCGACGGCGAGACCAAGAAGCGCAGCAGUGCGGGCGUCGCCGUACCGCUGUACGGCGAGUACAUGGAGCGCGUCAUGCGCGAGGAGGAGGACCGCGCGAGGAGGAUGCAGGAGCUCGUCAGGGUGCGCAAGGAGGAGCAGGAAGUCCGGCUCGCGCAGGACCGCGUUCUCUUCGGCUCGGCCGUUCACGCCUACAUGUCGAUCGACCCGUCGACUCUCGCCCUCAUCGGCUCGGCCACCCCGACCGCGUCCGCCAACCCGACGCCCACCCCUUCUCGCACCGCCUCGCCGACCCGUCACGCACAUGGACCCGCCGCCUUCGCCCACCAGGCCGCUCGCGAGCUGCGCCACUCGUCGUUCGACGCCGCCGCCGUCGAGCGCGCGGACGAGGUCAGCGACGCCGAGACCGAGGUCGACGCCGAGCACACGCACUCGUCGGCCGUCUCGUCGACGGCGAGCGGGCGAGCGCGAGCGCAGGGCGACUCGCCGUCGUGGCGGUGGACGGCCUACAGCGUCGAGGUCCCGCCGGCCGCCUCGCUGCGCACCUCGUCGUCGUCCGCGCACGACGCCCAGCUGUCGCCCGCGCACCGCUCGCACUCGACGUCCGACCUCGUCCAGCACGCGCACGCCGCCUCGCCCGACGGCGCCUCGAGCGCGCUCGGCCUCGUCCUGCGCUCGCCCUCGAGCUCGCCGCAGCGCCGCAGCUCGUCGUCGUUCGGCCCGAGCGCCUCGCUCGACGUUGCCCGGCGCGCGCGCUCGCACUCGAGCCAGUCGCUCAGCGAGGCCGACCUCGCGCGCCUCUCGCACGAGGAGCGCAUCCUCCUCGGGCCGGCCGGCUCGGGCCACGACGCGACGACGGCGUGGGGCGGCGAGCUCGACUCGUUCGCGCUCGCGCUCGGGUACUGGAAGAGGCUGUUGCGGCGGCUCAAGGAGGGCGCGGGACUCGGGCCGCAUGAGGGCGCGCCGGCGGCGACGGGAGGCGAAGGUGGAGGGGACGGGAUUCACCUCGUCGGCGGCGAGGGAGGGAUCGUCAGGAUGGUGACGGCGCACUAGAGCGCGAGAGGUGGGUGGGCUAGAGCGAGGAGGUCCUGGCAGUUGUUGCUUGUUCUCGUUCUCUCGCACCCCCCUCGCGUUCGCCUUUUCGCGCUCGACUUUUCGCGUGUAUCGUUCUCGCCUCUCGCCUGCAAUGUUACGAGAUGUCUGC